AUGCUGAAAUAUGAUAAAUUAGAGAAGAUUGGGGAAGGCACCUACGGAACCGUCUUCAAAGCUAGAAAUAAACAUAAUUCCGAGGUUGUAGCAUUGAAACUGGUUAGAUUGGAUGAUGACGAUGAAGGUGUUCCCAGCUCAGCUUUACGUGAAAUUGCGAUCUUACGAGAGUUGAAACAUCAGAAUGUGGUCCGCCUCUACGACGUCGUACACUCCGAAAAUAAACUAACAAUGGUCUUCGAAUACUGCGAUCAAGAUUUAAAGAAAUUUUUCGAUUCUUUGAAUGGUCAAAUAGACCAAUCGACAGUCAAGAAGUUGAUGCAGCAAUUACUUCGGGGGUUGUUAUAUUGUCAUACGCAUCAUGUUUUGCAUAGGGAUUUGAAGCCUCAAAAUCUGCUGCUAAACGCCAAUGGGGUGCUGAAAUUAGCAGAUUUCGGUUUAGCGCGAGCUUUUGGGAUUCCAGUGCGGUGUUAUAGUUCUGAGGUAGUAACUCUUUGGUAUCGGCCUCCAGAUGUCUUAUACGGUGCUAAAUUGUAUGAUACUUCAAUAGAUAUGUGGUCUGCAGGUUGUAUCUUUGCUGAAAUUUCGAACGCUGGACGUCCUCUGUUCCCUGGUGCUGAUGUAGAUGAUCAAUUGAAGCGGAUUUUCAAGUUGUUGGGUACACCAACGGAAGAAACAUGGCCCGGGGUGAUGGGAUUACCGGAAUAUAAGCCAUUACCACUUUAUCAUCCUUCAAUGACUUUCGGACAAGUCGUUCCUGAUCUCACCUCAAAGGGAAAGGAUUUAUUGCAGAAACUGCUUGUCUCAAACCCAGCCGGUCGUAUUAAUGCCAACAUUUGCCUGGCGCAUCCCUAUUUUGCUGAAAGCGAU